ACUCCCACAAGGUCUCCACCAGUGUGUAAAAACAUUUCAAGAAACUAAUAACAUCAUGACAGAGAUACUACUUUCUUUCAGUAACCCAACGUUUGCGGCCUACGCUACCUAUGGAACCAUCUUGUUGGUUAAAAUGAUAUUGUUACUGAUAAUGACGUCGUAUACUCGCAUAACUCGCAAGGUUUACUCCAACGAGGAGGAUGUUUUGACUUUUGCUGGCAAAAUUGACAUAAAGAAAGCACUUGCAAAGAAUAAUUCAAUUGAACGAAUUAAAAGGUGCUAUCAGAAUGAUUUGGAGAACAUCAUCCCAUUCCUGAUACUGUCCUGUUUCUAUAUCUUGUUGCAGCCAUCACAUGCCACUGCACUGAUGUUAUUCCGUGUGUUCACCGCAGCACGUGUGCUUCAUACUAUUACGUACCUUCUCUCAUUGCAGCCAUAUCGUGCCCUCUGCUGGGGUGUCAAUCUCUCAAUCAAUCUCUAUCUAUCAGUCAAAAUUCUUCAACAAGGAGUGUUUUAAUACUCACCAGGAGCAAGCAGAUGUAUCCAGUAUUAACUUUUUCAUAGCAAUUAACUCUUGAAUUAAUAAUUAGGUAAUAGCAAUGUAGCAAUAAUUAACAAUACACAAUUGCCAGCACAGAGUAAUGUUUCCUUGGUUCACUGAGCUGUGUCAACUGCAAGGUACUUUGUUUUAGUUUU